UAGUUCAAGAUGUCUACCUACUUGGCCGUCAAUUUGGUCAAAUAUGUUUGUUCGUGUAGCAAACUUUUACCGGUUUGCAGAUUGUAUUUAUGUCGGCAUUGUUUGAAGCUUCGAUGUGCAGACUGCGUUCAGCAUGAGGCUGACACACCGUAUUGUCCAAAUUGUAUGGAGAAUAUGCCAUCAUCUGAAGCUAAGUUAAAGAAAAACCGAUGUGGAAGUUGUUAUGAUUGUCCUGGAUGUGGCCAUACUUUAAUGACUAGAGCUAGUAGUCACUCAUUGCCAGAUCCUGAAGAUGCCACUAAAACCAUAUCUAAAAAGAUGUAUUAUAUGGCUUGUGGAUUUUGUCGAUGGACUACACGGGAUGUUGGCAUUGAAGACCAGUCUGUUGCUAGUGGUGGGUGGCAAGAUCAAGAAAAUCCAGAUCUGAAAAGGAUAAACAAUCUGUUGGAACAUUAUCGUAAACUGGCUCAAAAGGAAAAGGCUGAGAAAGAGAGGAAGAAAUAUGUUAAAAGAAGGAGUCAUAUGUAUUACACAGACAAGUAUGGUCUUACAUCAGUUGCUGCUUCUAAAAGAAAGACUUUGUCCUCAUUUUCAUCAUUAAGUGUUAAAGAUGAGGAGACUAUUACUGAAUUAGAAGUAGGAAAAACUGUGGAGGAUUUUGAACCAUUACCAGAAGAUAUCUUCACUAAACCAUUGGAGAUAACCAAAUUAACUACUAUGGACCAGAGACUAACAACUCCAGAGUUUCAACCAUCUGCUAGUAAAAAUAUGUAUCCUCUACAUAAACAUUUAUUGAUUAGAAAAUCUUUAAGAUGCAAGGAAUGUGAACAUAAUCUGAGUAAACCAGAUUUCAACCCAUUAUCAAUAAAGUUUAAAAUCCAGUUAAUUGCAUUAAACCAUAUUCCUGAAGUAAGAAUUGGUAGUCCUGUUAAUUUUGCUCCUAAAAAGGAAAAUGUAGUGGUUUUAACGCUGAAUAAUCCUCAAACAUUUGAUACAGUAGUUAAACUAUUACCUCUUGAUGAUGAAAGUGGAUUCUCUAACAGUGAGAUUGAAUUACCUAAGAGAGAAUUAAUAUUAGCUAAAAGAAAUGAUUUAGCAGGAUAUGAUGACAGUGCUGUCAAACAAGACUUUAAAGAUGAUUCAAGUGUUGUAGCAUUUAGAAAUUUAAAUAAAAUUGGUAUAUUUGUGAAGGUUGUACCUAACGUUGAUCAAGGUGAUGUUAGGAUCACAUUUACCAUGCAACAUGAAUAUCGUAAUACAACAGCUACUUUAGGUACAGAAGAUACAGAACCACCUGUAGUUUGGAUUGAACAAAAAGUUUUUGUAAAUUUAGGAGCCAUUAAGUCCUCCUAGAUAUUCUAACUUAAUCUCUUAUUUAUUUUAUUGUAUGGCUUUGGUACUAGCUCUUGUUACUGGAUUGGAUUUUCAAAACAAACGUAAAUCAUUGAAACUAUUGUUCUUGGGGCUGCUUUCAUUUGAACUUUUCAUUUUUGCUUUAAAUCUAGUCAAUUUAUAUCUCUAAGCCUUCCAUUCUGUUUGUUCUGAAUUACAGCUGAACUUAAUUUAUAAUUUUUCAGUUUAAUUCUAUAUUCCAAAACCAGAACCCUUUUCAAAACAUCACUAUUUUAAGAAAUACAAUAAUUGAUUAAUAUAAUAAUCAAUUUCAAUCAACAACAAAAAUAACAAACAUUACCUUAAAUAUUCGUGAAAUUUGCUUUUAAAAGGCCUUUUUAGUCGGGAAAUAGUUGAGGGGUUUGCAAAAAGAGUAAAACUGUUCUUUGGAUGGUUUAUUGAUGCAAGGACUUGAUGCAUUUAUAAAUCUGCUCACUAGUUUAUAUCGGUCAAUUGACUAUUUUCUAACUACUUUAAAGAAAAGUCAAGUUAUAAGCUUACUCAUGAUAUUCUGUAUCAAUUACAUUAGUCUUUCAUCCAUUCUCACACCGCUUUUGCCUCUUAAUGUACUGCAAGACAUAAACAUAGCUUCUGUAGUGUGGUAUGAGUAAGAAUAGCACAAUAAUUGACCAUGGUACUUCAUGAUUACUAGUGCCGACUAGUCUAGAACACAAUAGAUCAUGAUUUACUAGUGCUGACUAGACUAGAACACAAUAGAUCAUGAUUUACUAGUGCUGACUAGACUAGAACACAAUAGAUCAUGACUUACUAGUGCUGUCUUGACUGGAAUACAAUAGAUUUACAAGUGCUGAUUAGACUAUAACACAACAGAUCAUGAUGUACCAAUGCUGUCUGGAAUAGAAUACAAUAGAUAAUGAUUUACUUGUGUUUCCUCAAUGGAACAUGAUAGAUCAUGAUUUAUUGGUGCUGUCUUGACUAGAAUACAAAAGAUCAUGAUUUACCAGUGCUGUCUUGACUGGGACACAAAAGAUCAUGAUUUACUUGUGUUUUCCUUAAUGGAACACAAUAGAUUAUGAUUUACUAUUGCUGUCUUGACUGAAAUACAAUAAAUCAUGAUUUACUUCUGUUUUCUUGACUAGAACACAAUAGAUCAUGAUUUACUAGUGCUGUCUUGGCUGGAAUACAAUAAAUGUUUUCCUUAAUGGAACAUAAUAGAUCAUGAUUUACUAGUGCUGUCUUUACUAGAACACAAUAGAUCAUGAUCAAUAAUAUGGUUGUAAAAAUAUUGUUAUUUACGUUUAAUGUAUUCGAAUAAAAGCUAAUCAUUGAGC